AUGGCAGAAAAGAGAAGUAGAGCUAGUUGGUCUUCGGAUUUUGUGAACAAAACUUUUCUUGAUGCAUGUAUACAAGAACUAACAAGUAAUGGUCGGGAGGGUAGUGGUCUUAAAGGUACCUCAUGGAAUACAAUAGCUAAAAAACUAAAAAAAGAACAUGACUUUGUUGUUGACAAAAAACAAAUGAAAUAUCGUUAUGACUAUUUGAAAAGCAAGUAUGCAGUUUGGUUGAAAUUAAAAAACAAAACUGGGAAUCUCUAUAAUCCUAUAACAAACACGUUUCAAAUGACGGAUGAAGAGUGGAAAGCGGAGGCGAAGUUGAACAAGAUGGUUGAGAAAUUAAGAAAUGCACCCCUCCUUUACCCUGAGCUAUGCACCCAGUUGUUUGACGGUGCGACCUCGACUGGUGCUGCUAGUUGGGGACCAUCUUCGACACUCCCUCAUCCUGCAGAAGCCUUUACUACACAAGAUUAUGAUGAUAUCGAGAUGGUAGAUACAGCACCUCAAAUGGAUAUCCCAGCCUCAACUUCAACAGUACCCCCACCUACAAGUGCAUCACAUGCAAGUGUAGAUUCGUCUGUUCGGUCCAAAAACAAAAGAGGAAAACGAAAUGCAUCCACAGACACACUAGAUGAUGACAUAAGAGAGGUUGGCAAGGAAAUUAUGAAGGCGGCUCAGGCAUUUGCGCAAACUCAUAAUCUUGACAAGGAGAUGGAUGAAUGUAUUGAAAAAUUGAAAGUCUUGGAGUGGGGAAGUUCUGAUCCGAAAUACAUCACUGUUCUUAUGUUGUUCGCUGAAAAUGCUGGUAACAGGAAAAUUUGGUUACGCCUCGAGUCUUCGACUUGUGAGUUGUGGGUGAAAAGUGCGGGAAAGAAUUUUGGAUUACUUGGUUGACGUUAGUAUGACUUUAGGAUGUUUUUGUCUUUAUGCUUUAUGGAUUUAUAUUAUGGUACAUGUUAUGGAUUUUUAUGUGUACGAUUGUUACGUGUUAUGUUUAGGAUUUUUAAGCUUAGGUUGUUUAUGUGUUAUGUUUAGGAUUGUUAUUUGGUAUUGACUUUUAUGUUAUGG